GUGAGAGGGGGAGUCAGCCCGGGAGAGAGUCCCCGCAGCCGGGGAGAGAGUCCAGAUGUGCGCGGCCCCAUGGCGGGCAGAGACAGGGUCAGCCGGCGGCGGGACUCCUCCGAGUCCGAGUCCGAGCCGGGCGGCCCGGGGCCCCGCGGCGGGUCCCUGCCGCGCACGCAGGUCAUCCACAGCGGGCACUUCAUGGUGUCGUCGCCGCACAGCGACGCGCGCAGCUCCGACUUCGACACGGUGAACAGGACGCGCUGCCACACGUACCGCUACGGGCCGCGCAGCGCAGCCAGCCUGCGCAUCGACCCCACGCUCACCCGCCUGUUCGAGUGCAUGUCCCUGGCCUACAGUGGUAAUAUAGUCUCUCCCAAAUGGAAGUCUUUCAAGGGUCUGCGGUUGCUUUGGAGGGACAAGAUCCGCCUGAACAACGCAAUCUGGAGAGCCUGGUUCAUCCAGUAUGUGAAGAAGAGGAUGAACCCGGUGUGCGGCUUUGUCACCCCGCUGGAAGGCUCGGAGGCGGAGGCACAUCGAAAGCCUGAAGCGAUCAUAUUAGAGGGCAGCUACUGGAAGAGAAGGAUUGAGGUGGUGAUCAAGGAGUAUCACAAGUGGAGGAAUUAUUACAAAAAGAGGCUUCAAAAGAAGAAAGAUGAUAUUCUGUCAAUGCUACAAGAGGGUCAGAUCUGCCACGCAAAGCUGGACAAGCGAUCCCAUCAGAUCUACCAGGAGCCUGUGGCUGCCCCGGCGGAGGCCCACAUGUUUGACCUGGACUGCCUUCUGUCCGACAUCUCCGACACUCUGUUCACCAUGACACAGAAGCCGUCUUCCUGGACCAGCGACCACCACAACAGUGCGUACACCAGCAAUGCAGACGUCAUCCAGCCGGGCCUGACUCCUCUGCAGCCCAACCUGGACGAUUUCAUGGAUAUACCAGAUAUUUUUAUGAACUAUCGCGGUCAUCCGUCGGAGCAGACUGGUUUUGCUGACUGUAGCUAUUUCGAGAGCUCAUCCAGCUCCACGUUUGCUCCCGUUCCCUCCUUUGUGGAGACAAGCCCUCAGCUGCUUAUCGACACCCAGCUGGCUAAGCCCAGCGGGCCAUCUGACAGUUUGCCCCAGCCCUCUGCAGCCAGUCAGUCAGAGCAGCCCAGGCUGAGGCAGGACUGCCGUGGAUACCACUCACCGGGCAUCACAUCAGCAGCUAUGCCGUAUGGCCAUCAGUCCUACCAUGAUGCUCCUGUUUCCCUAGUUUUCACCGGCAACGCCGAGCCGCUGGCCUCUGCUAGCGUUCCUUUUCUGCAUUCGAUGCCCUGCCACAAGUUUGGUUACUACACAAGCACCAGCGGGGUUUCUACCGUCAUCACCCACACCGCCUCCACCGCGGGCGCUCCGGCCUCCGCCCAUCAGGCUCACGGCUACUCUCAGGCGGCAGAUGCGUACUCCCAGAGCCACGGCCACCCUCUCAGCUAUCCGGCCGCCACGCCUGACCUGCUCCACACGGCGCUCCCUUCUGCAGCCCACCGUUUCUCCGUCCCACAGCAGGUGGCCGUCUCCGGGGUCAGAGGCAAGCACAGGCAAAAGGCCGGGGGGCCGAGGACAGCUGGCCCCGCCGCGGCGCUGCCCGGCCCCGCGACCUCUGCCCCCGCGCCCACCAGCUGCCUGGCUAAGCUGCUCUCCUCCAGCACACGGGAACGAAAGCCAACGCUGGGAUUUAAUUCUGCUCUGGAGACGACCAAAAGUCAGAGCGUAACGUCAACCAGCUCCUUGCAGACGGGCAGCGGCGCUCAUGUUGGCGGAAUGUCAUCACAGCUGCAGCCUGGAGGCGGUUGGCACGAAGCGCUGACAUCCCUGCACAGCCAGAACCCUGCCGUGGUCCACGGUGGACCCGCCGUCGGCCCCUCCAGAGGCUCAGCGGUGUCUGCCCUGCUCACCCGAGGCUCCACGCACAACGGCACAACCCUCCUCGUUCCCAAGACCGAGAAGCUAUCACCUGUCCAACUCUACGGCGCGGACAGGAGCAACUUGAGCGUUCCUUUUCCAGCACAUCUGGGUCAGAAAUCUCCACCAAACCCUUUAGACAAAGCGUCCAACCCUGAGUCCCCGCAGUCAGGCUUCUCAGGACAUGGAAAGACUGAAACAAGUAAGCAAACAGAGACCAGGAGGAUAACUCACAUCUCCGCCGAGCAGAAGCGCCGUUUCAACAUCAAGCUGGGAUUUGACACUUUACACAGCCUCGUGACAACCCUCAGCUCUCAGCCAAGCAUAAAGAUCAGCAAAGCCACCACGCUGCAGAAGACUGGCGAGUACAUCAGUAAGAUGCAACAGGAGAGAGCUCAGCUCCACGAGGAGGCCCAGAGACUCAGAGAUGAGAUCCAGCACCUCAACUCUUCCAUCAACGCUUGCCAGCAGCAGCUACCGGCCACCGGCGUUCCCAUCACGCGGCAGCGCUUCGACUACAUGAGGCAGAAGUUCCGGGAGUAUGUCCGGGCGCAGACUCUUCAGAACUGGAAGUUCUGGAUCUUCAGCAUCAUCAUCGAGCCUCUGUUCGAGUCCUAUAAUGGAAUGGUGUCCACUGCCAGCGUGGAAGACCUGUGUCGGUCCACUCUGUCCUGGCUGGACCAGCACUGUGCCCUGCCUGCCCUGAGACCCAUGGUUCUGAGUUCACUCCGUCUCCUGAGUACCACCACGCCCAUCUUGACAGACGCAAGCUUACUGCCGGAGCAGGCCGCUCUCGCCGUCACCCAGGGUGACCCUGCCGCUGCCAUGGACCACUCCUUUCAGCCCGCUCAGCUGUAACACGCGCCGCUGACUGACCUUUGAGUACAAGACUCGGUGGAAACCCACAACAAGACCCAGAGUUUCCACGGGUCCAUGAGCAGCCGUGGACUCAACCCUCAGCUCCAAAACUGUUAACUCUGUUGACAAAGAUAUUUCCAAUAAAACUGACUGGGCUGCAAUACGCAUGUGUUGUGGUGCAUUCAGGAUUUACGAGAGAUAAAUGUGAUUAAUGCCUGCAAACUGAACUGUUUCAGAAACAGGAAGUGGAGCGUUCACUUGUCUCUGAAACUCACCCGGAGAUGCCAAUGUCACCAAAGAGCCAAGACAGUAUGAGAAAAAAAAAAUGAAAUCUAUUUACUUUGAUUCUUCUAUAUAUGCUGAAAAUGUGAAUCCAAAAUAUUUCAUGUUUCCACUUGUCAGCUUAAUUUAAUUUGUUAAAAUACAUCAAUUUUUGAAUUUCAUCAUAAUUUUCAAUGAAUCUUCAAAAAGGUUUGGACAAUAAAGCUUUUUUCCACUUUGUAA